AAAACUUGCAAACAGUAAGGCGCAUUUCAUCACGGUGUUAAAAAGGAUUUACAUUCUAAACACAGGAGUUCCUUCCUCAUAGAGCAGACGUUAAAAUGAGAGACUGGAUUAUUGUAUGUUUUUUUGCAAUGCUAAACUUCAAGGGAAUUAAAUCUGUCAGAGAUUUGCCUACCGGGGCAAAAAUUGUGCAGACAUGUCCAGCGGCAAAUAACAAGACAGCUUGGGAGUUGGCAUCUAAAGGACUUGGUUGUAGUCUUUUUGGGAAAAUUUCCCGUAAUAAAAAGCUUUAUCAUUGCCUCCCAAGCAGUUCACUGAAUGAGUAUGUCGAGUUUUGUGGAUUCACUGCUCCAAUGGACCCAGGUUAUUGUCCAGUAUUUCAUUAUGUUAAUACGAGCGGAAAAAACAGCGCUCCAAGUUACUUGAACUGUUCUACAUUCUCGUCGGGAUGUCCAAGAGAAUUUUACUUCUCCAGGGACGUAUACAAAUAUCCAGAGUGUCUUGAUAUUGACAUAAGUCACGGAUGUUUUAGAGCAGACAACAAUUGCACGACAGAUAUGAACUCUACAAGUCAGACUGAGUAUGAAACCCCGAAAUCAAACAAAAAUGACAUUAAAGUUUGGUUAGUUUGGUUCUUAACCGGGCUAAUCAUUUUCUGCGCAACACUUAUCUGUGGUCUUGUGGCAUACAUCUUUAAGAUGAAACGCUUUCCCAGAAGAAGAAAGAUUGAGAAAAAAUUUGAUAACGAAGGAAUUGACGCAUUGUCUUUGAUGGAAGCUCUCAAAAAAAGAGAUGAAGAGGAAAAGGAAGGAAUUGACGCACUGUCUUUGAUGGAAGCUCUCAAAGAAAGAGAUGAAGAGGAAAAGGAAGAAACGACGUAUAUUGAAAUGAUUGGAAGUUCAGUGAACCCGCUGUUAGCCGAAAUAGCGAGACAGAUACCUGAAGAAAAAAUACCGCAACUAAAAUAUCUCCUGGAAUAUAGCACUAGAGUAUCUGUCAAAUUAGCCACGGAUAUUGAUAAGAUCAAUCUCGAGGAUUUGACGAAUAUCAUGAAGCAUUUGCAGAUAUUGUUAUCUUGUAAACCAACAGACAUUCGUAUAAAGGGAAUUGCAGAAGGAUGUGUUCUUUUGAGCUUGGAUGUGAAAAAUACAUUACUUGAAACACUCAGGAAGUGUGAUUUUUCAAGUAUGCGCAAGCACAAAGUAUUCAAAAUCAGCAUUAUGAAUGAGUGUAUAUUUUAUUGUCGCAAUCUAGAUGACAACUUUCACAAAAAAGGGCACUUCACAGAGAAUUUAACAGAGAGCAUCUUCAACUGGUUAAGCUGUUUAAAAAGAACAACACUGAAAAUCUGUGAAAUAUGCCAGAGAAAGCAUUCAGAAUCCUCCUCGAUAUUUAGAGGAGUCAAAGUGGAACAUAUUGUGUGCGCUAACAAAAACAACGAGACAGACUUCGUGUCAAAAGAUCAAGAUUCCUUGUCGAUAUUUACGGGAGUCAAAGUGGAACAUGAUGUAUGCAGUAGAAAAAUGAAUGAGAGACAACCCGUGUCAGAAGAAAAUCAAGACGAAGAAAUAUGUGAAAAUGAGGCUUCAAAACAGACGACUGUAGAUUCCAUGAAUAUCGUACUCUUGGAGUCUUGUACAGAAACAAUGGAAGAUUCGAUGAAUCUAGAAUCACAUAAGAGUUCCUUGUCGAUAUCUAGAGGAGUAAAAGAGAAACAUGAUGUAUACGCUAGUAAAAUGAAGGAGACACAAUCCGUGUCGGUAGAAAAUCAAGAUAUUCCUGAACCAGGUGUCCGAAUAGAUAACUCUCCGAUGAAAUUAAAUAUGUCUCUGUAUUCAGGGACUUCUACAAAAAAAAUAUGUAAAAAUGAGUCUUCAAAACAGACGACUGUAGAUUCCAUAAAUAUCGGACCCUUGGAAUCUUGUACGGAAACGAUAGAAGAUUCGAUGUAUCCAGAAUCACAAAACGGUUCCUUGUGGAUAUCUAGAGGAGUAAAAGAGAAACAUGAUGUAUACGCUAGUAAAAUGAAGGAGACACAAUCCGUGUCGGUAGAAAAUCAAGACAAAGAAAAACGAAAAAAUGAGGCUUCAAAACAGACGACUGUAGAUUCCAUGAAUAUCGAACCCUUGGAAUCUUGUACGGAAACGAUGGAAGGUUCGAUGUCUCAAAAAUCACAUAACGACAAAGAAAUAUGUAAAAAUGAGGCUUCAAAACAGAUGACUGUGGAUUACAUGAUUAUCGAACCCUUGGAAUCUAGUACGGAAACGAAGGAAGAUUUGAUGUAUCCAGAGUCAAAUGACGGUUCCGUGUCGAUAUUUAGUGGAGUCAAAGUGGACCAUGAUGUAUGCACUUGUAAAAUUCAGGAGACACAAUUCGUGUCGAAAAUAGGUCAAGGCAUUGUUAACCACAGAAAUGAAGAUCACCAACGUAAUAUUAUUAAAGAUUCCCAUGCUUUAAAAUGUUUCAUUCGUAUAAAUGACGAUGGACUUCCAAAUGACUUUUCCGUGCAAGAACAAGUAGAGAUCCUUGUAAGACGUGAUGGUGACCAUGAAAUGGAUGAUAGAGAUUCUGUGGAAAAGUGUUCUCGUGAAGUGUUAUUCGAUGGUUUGCUGAGGGAUGUUGAAGUGGAGGUGCGCAUUGAUAAUGACAGCGAUUCAGGAGUGAAUGUAGCUGGAAAGGGGAUCAAAGGCUUUGGAACACGGUCAAUUAUGAGUAAAAAAAUUGGAAGCUCUCAAGUCUAG